GAUCCCGCUCAUUCUGUCCCCCUCCAUCUCGCAGCUGGACAAGCAGCCUCGUGGACUACAAUUCCCAGAAAGCCGCGGGACAGUGACGUCAUCUUCGACGUCCUGUCCACGCGCUGAUUGGUCCAAAUCCCGGAAACUAAGCGCUGAUUGGUCGGGAAACGGCACCCGUGAAAAGCGCGCGCCGAGUCCCGCGCGCCAGCGGAGCUGGAGCUGUUUUCUGCGACUGGCUGGGCCUGGGCGCGAUGGAUCUCAGCGAGCUGGAGAAGGACAAUACGGGCCGCUGUCGCCUCAGCUCGCCAGUCCCCGCCGUGUGCCGCCACGAGCCCUGCGUCCUGGGCAUCGAUGAAGCGGGCCGAGGCCCGGUGCUAGGCCCCAUGGUCUACGCCAUCUGUUACUGCCCCGUCUCCCGCCUGGCAGAUCUGGAGGCCCUGAAAGUGGCAGACUCAAAGACCCUGUCAGAGAGCGAGCGGGAAAGGCUCUUUGCAAACAUGGAGGAGGACAGGGACUUUGUGGGCUGGGCGCUGGACGUGCUAUCUCCAAACCUCAUCUCCACCAGCAUGCUUGGGCGGGUGAAAUACAACCUGAACUCUCUGUCCCAUGACACUGCAGCAGGGCUGGUGCAGUUUGCCCUGGACCAGGGUGUGAAUGUGACCCAGGUCUUUGUGGACACGGUGGGACCCCCGGAGUCGUACCAGAAGCGGCUGCAGCAGUGUUUUCCCGGCAUUGAGGUGACCGUCGCAGCGAAAGCCGAUGCCCUGUACCCCGCAGUCAGCGCUGCCAGCAUCUGUGCCAAGGUGGCCCGAGACCGCGCCGUGAAGAGCUGGCGAUUUGUAGAGGAGCUGGAGGAGCUGGACUCUGAGUAUGGCUCUGGUUACCCCAAUGAUCCCAAGACCAAAGCCUGGUUGCGGAAGCACGUGGAUCCGGUGUUUGGGUUCCCCCAGUUCGUCCGCUUCAGCUGGAGCACAGCCCAGAGCCUCUUGGAGAAGGAGGCCCAGAGUGUCCAGUGGGAGGACUCCCCUGCAGAAGAGCAGAAGGGCCUGGCCCGCAUCACUUCGUACUUCGGUGAUGGCCCCCGCACUCGUGCCCGCCUCCCUCACCGCUUCUUCCAGGAGCGUGGCCUGGAGCCGGCCAUCACCCUCUAGGGGGA